CAGAGAACGACAGGUGGGAAUGUUGCUGAAUGCCUCUACUAUUAUUCUAUGCUACCUUGAAAGAAUGGCGAGUGGUAUUGCCACACAGAAGUCUGAGCAGAGCUGUGAUGGACAGAGCUCCCCUUCACCAGAGGCAUCUUCUCAUUACGUUCCUGUCCAGUUAGAAGAGUAUGACCCUCCAGGCCUCAGUGUCAAGAAGCUCCUAAGGAAAGCUAAAGAAAGCUGCAAGUGCGACCGCCAAGGGAUCGCCAGCUUCUUCCUCAAGCUGUUUCCUGUAAUAGAGUGGCUUCCUCGCUACGGUAUCAAGGAGCAGCUGCUUGGGGACAUCAUCUCUGGCUUACUGGUUGGAAUAGUUGCCAUCCCACAGUCAAUCUCAUACUCCAUCCUAGCAAGCCAGGAUCCUAUUUAUGGCCUCUACACCAAUUUCUUCUGUGCUAUUAUCUACUUUGUCAUGGCCACUUCGCGCCAUAAUUGUGUUGGUUCUUUCGGGGUCCUUUGCCUGAUGAUAGGGGAAUCGGUGAACCGGCAGCUGAAGUUAGCAGGAUAUGAAUCAGAAGAUAAUACUGAUUUACUGGUGAAUAAUGCCACUUUCAAUGGGACAGUUACUUGUGACAAAGGUUGCUAUGCAAUCAAGGUGGCAACUGCUUUAACUUUCUUGGUUGGCAUUUACCAGAUCCUUCUGGGGGUUUUCCAGUUGGGCUUCAUAUCUGUAUAUCUUUCGGAACCCCUUCUGAGUGGCUUUGUGACUGGAUCAUCCCUUACCAUCCUCACUUCCCAAAUGAAUCUUCUGUUGGGACUGAAAAUCCCUCGCCAUGAUGGAAUGGGAUCUCUUGUCUUGACAUGGAUUGACAUCUUCAAAUACAUCAGCAAAACCAACAUCUGUGACCUGGUCACCAGCCUGAUUGCUUUGGUUCUCAUAGUGCCAGUAAAAGAGAUCAACAAUUUGUUUAAGGACAAGAUGAAAGCCCCAUUCCCCAUGGAACUUCUGGUGGUCAUUGCAGGCACUCUGUUGUCACAUUUCUUUAACUUCAAAGAGAAAUAUAACUCUAAAAUCUGUGGCUACAUUCCCACUGGUUUCAAGCAACCUGCUGUACCGGAUCUGAGCCUUUUGUCAAAUUUGGCACUGGAUGCCCUACCCAUUGCCAUAAUUGGUUUUGCAAUGACUGUCUCACUAGCAGAAAUAUUUGGCAAGAAGCAUGGCUAUUCUGUCCGGGCCAACCAAGAGAUGAUUGCCAUUGGCAUGGGGAAUCUGAUCCCUUCUUUCUUCUACUGCUUUGCUACCUGUGCAGCCCUGUCAAAGACCAUGCUCAAGGAAUCUACAGGAUGCGUUUCCCAGAUAUCAAGCCUGAUAUCUUCAUUUAUAUUGCUCCUGGUGUUGUUGUGGAUUGCCCCACUUUUCUACUCAUUGCAAACCUGUAUCUUAGGAGUGGUCACCAUUGUUAACCUCAGAGGGGGCUUGCGGAAGUUUGCCGAUACUCCCAAGAUGUGGCGAAUCAGCAAGAUAGACACAGUGGUCUGGUGGGUGACCAUGCUGGCCUCUUCACUGAUCUCUACAGAGGUGGGCCUUCUGGUCGGGGUCUGCUUCGCUCUGCUCUGCAUCAUUUUCCGUACCCAGAGGCCUCGAGCCACACUUUUAGGGAAGGUGAAUGACUCAGAAAUCUAUGAGGACCAGUUCACUUAUAAGAGGAUCAGCAGUAUUGCAAACAUCAAGAUCUUCCGCUUUGAUACUUCCCUUUACUAUGCAAACAAAGACUAUUUCAAAAGUUCACUUUUCCAGAAAACUGGAGUGGAUCCUACCCUAGUUGCUGCCAUGAAGAAAAAAGCUGAUGCAAAGGCAAAGUCAGUUCUGGGCCAGAAUGAAAACUGCUUUUCGUCUAAAUUCAACUGCCUAAAAGUCACCAAGGGAAGAGUCAUGAAGACUUCAACAGAUGUUCCCAUUCCAUCAGUAGACAUGCACACCUUAAUCAUUGACUGUGGUGCCAUGCAGUUUUUAGACAGUGUGGGCCUCAGUGUGCUGAAGGAGGCUCGCCAUGACUACCAGAAGAUUGGCAUCCAGGUCCUGUUGGCCAACUGUAACCCAUCAAUCCGGCACUUACUCCAGGCAGGAGGUUGGCUCACUGGGAUGGAGGAUUCAGAGCUGCUCUCCUUUCACAGUAUACAUGCUGCUGUACAAUUUGCUGAGAAACAGGCCCAAACUCAGCAGAGGGAGUGUGAAGUAGCAAAGGAUGCUUUUCUUAGUCCUGUGGCCCAGGAUAUUUCGAUAGACCCAAGUCUGGAGGAGCCACUGUAGGUCUGCACUGAGCAGGAUGUGGAAUAGCAGGGAGCUUGUUGGAUACUGGCUGAUGUUCCACACAGGGAAACGUCAGCAUUAGGGACCCACUGGAGCUGCUGUGCAACAUGGAAGAAGACAGCCCCAAUGGUAUAGUCCAACAGGGCAGCUGCAGGAUGACUGGAAACAAUGGAAGUAGUGCUGCACAACUGCCCAGAAGCAGUUUAAA